CAUAAACCAACUGAACAAAAAGUAGCCAUUAAGAAAAUCUUACCGUUUGAAAGAUCAAUGCUUUGUUUAAGAACCCUUCGAGAAUUAAAAUUAUUAAAACAUUUCAAUCAUGAAAAUAUCAUUAGUAUAUUAGCUAUUCAACGUCCAACCAAUUAUGAGAAUUUCAAUGAAAUUUAUUUAAUUCAAGAAUUAAUGGAAACUGAUUUACAUCGAGUUAUUCGAACUCAAAAAUUAACUGAUGAUCAUAUUCAAUAUUUCAUUUAUCAAACUUUACGAGCUUUAAAAGCAUUACAUUCAGCUAAUGUCUUACAUCGAGAUUUAAAACCUCUGAAUUUAUUAUUAAAUUCAAAUUGUGAUUUAAAAGUUGCUGAUUUCGGAUUAGCAAGAUCAAUUGCAUCAAGUGAAGAUAAUUUCGGAUAUAUGACGGAAUACGUGGCUACAAGAUGGUAUAGAGCUCCUGAAAUCAUGUUAACUUUUCAAGAAUAUACUACUGCCAUUGAUGUUUGGUCAGUAGGGUGUAUUUUGGCUGAAAUGCUUAGUGGUAGACCAUUAUUCCCCGGUAGAGAUUAUCAUAAUCAAUUAUGGUUAAUUAUGGAAGUAUUAGGAACUCCUAAUAUGGAAGAUUAUUAUAAUAUUAAGAGUAAAAGAGCUCGAGAAUAUAUUCGAUCUUUACCAUUUUGUAAAAAGAUUCCAUUCCAAACAUUAUUUGCCAAUGUGAAUCCAAAUUUAAAUCCAUUAGCGCUUGAUUUAUUAGAGAAAUUAUUAAUUUUUAAUCCUACCAAAAGAAUCACGGUUGAUGAUGCUUUAAAACAUCCUUAUUUACAAUUAUAUCAUGAUCCAAAUGAUGAGCCUAUAAGUGAGAAGAUUCCCGAGGAUUUCUUUGAUUUCGAUAAACAUAAAAAUGAAUUAUCAAUUGAAGAUUUAAAAAUGAUGUUAUAUGAAGAAAUUAUGAAACCAUUGUAAUAGUAUAUAAUAGGU